UGUCAUGGACGGCAACUGUCUGCAGCGCCAUUUUCGUCGUGGCUUCGCCCAUCCCUUUCUCUUCCUCACUGGUUAUGGGGAAACGAGAAGCCCUAUGGGAUUCUGCGCCGUGUCUCCACUCGUGGAUCUCCAAGCGCCGAGACGGCUCCGGCGAAAGAGGUCAAAGGACGGAUAGAGUUAUCUCGAUAAAACAUAGGCAGGAAGCUAUCUUUUUUCGCCCUUUCACCCAUCAUAUAUAGUCUAAGAAAGGUGGCGCCUCUUACGAUCUUUGAAAACUCGGAUGUCUCUUUCGUCGAUACGCUUUUACUGGUUUAUAAGGGCCUGAUGUCUUUUCAGAAGCUUCUGAAGUAGAUCAAAAGGAGUUUAUUUCUGUGUCUUUUGAUUUGUUUAAGAGCCUAGGUAUCUUGGAAGACUUACUUUGAUGGCUAGGGAUUCAGCAAGAAGCAUUGUUCUGUUUACUGAUGAGGAACUUAAUGGAAUAACUGGGGUUAAGAAGGGAGAGGAUUUUGUUGAGGUCACUUGUGGGUGCACUAGCCCGCGGUACGGCGAUGCUGUUGGGAGGCUUAGGGUUUUUGCUUCAGGCAAGCUUGAGGUUGCCUGUGAAUGCUGUCCAGGUUGCCGUGAAGAUAAGUUGACACCGUCUGCUUUCGAGAAGCACGCGGGUCGGGAAAACCCAAGGAGGUGGAAGUACUAUGUGUGGGUCAUUGUUAAAGGAAAAAAGAUUCCAUUGCUGAAAACAGCAUUGCUGAAGUACCAUGAAAAAGUAUAUGGUGGAAGCUCUUAUAGAGGUAACAAAGGGAAACCAUGCCACCGGGAUGAGUUUGUUCGCUGUAGCAUAUGCAACAAGGAGAGAAGAUUUCGUCGGCAAACCAAAGUGGACUGCAGAACUUACCAUGAUGCUGUGCUCGAUGCCAACUGGAAAUGCUCUGAUCUGCCUUCUGAUGAAUACAGUUGUGAUGAUGAGGAAGAGCGCGCAAGUCGUCGCUCCAUCAGAGGAUGCUCGCGCACUGCUUUGUGCAAAGGUUGCACUCUCUGCGUCUGCUUUGGUUGUGAGAUCUGUCGCUUCCCAGAUUGCGCUUGUCAGACUUGCAUUGAUUUUGUUAACAACUCACCAAAGUGACUGAAACACUUCUUUCAGUGAGAGCCUUUUGUUAUCAACAUUCAGAAAAUUAUCAUCAAUGUCUGUUAAUCUGCUCAGUAUAGACACUUA